UAAAAAAAAAAUAUAGCCUGAAUUUGAUUGCUGUGGAUAUUAUUUAUUGUUCGGUUCAAAUGAGAUUAUAAUCGUUAUAAUUUAAAAAUUUAACAAUCUAUGUAAAUGAUUUAAAACAUAAUAAAGUAUUUGUUUCCUGUAUCAAAUGUAAAAAGAACGUUGUAUACAAUUGAAAUGUACAUCUAAUAAAAUUUUAUAAAUUAUAUUAUUAAUUUAAUGUUUUUAAAAAUAUAUCGCAAAAUUUUUUUAAAUAAGGAAAAUAAAUAAAAGUGUUUAUUAAAGUGUAGUUGAAUAUAAUUAAGUUAAAAUGACUUUGUGUUUAUAAUAAUUAUAUUAUAAUAGUAAAUCAAUAAAAAUAUUUUAUUUUAAAAUUUUCUGGUGGUUCUACAAAAAAUUUUAAAAAAUGAUUAUUUCAGCAGCCACAUAUUUAAAAAAGUAUAAACCACCUACAAGGUUUUGGGUUGCAUCCAUGCUAUUUAUGGCCUGUCUGUUAAAUUAUAUGAUGAAGGUAAAUUUCUCCAUAAACCUAGUAGCAAUGGUUGAGCCAACAAGCAACGAUAGCACACCAUUACCUGAUUACGGUCAACGUUAUAAUUGGUCACAACAUGAUCAAGCUAACCUUUUAGGAGCAUAUUUUUACGGCUAUUUGAUAACAAGUGUUCCGGGAGGAAUUCUAGCAGAACGCUUUGGAGGAAAAACAGUAGCUGGAGCAACAUUAGCAGCAAGUGCAAUUUUAACUGUUUUAACUCCUUUAUCUGCAAGUUUAGGAAUGGGAGCUGUUUUUGCGGUUCGAUUUGUAAUUGGUCUAUUAGGAGGUGCAACAUAUCCUUCUUGCCACAAUAUUAUAUCGCAAUGGGCCCCACCAGAUGAAAAAGGGAAAUUCGUAGCAGCUUUAAUGGGUGGCACGUUCGGUACUGUUAUAACAUUGCCACUCAGCGCUGUUAUCGUUGAAUCGAUGGGCUGGAAUUGGGCGUUUUAUAUUUCUGGAAUUUUUUCCUUUGCGAUUUGCAUAAUAUGGUUCUUAGUUGUUGCCGACACUCCCGCUAAGCACAAACAUAUUAGUAUUGAUGAACAAAAAUAUAUCGAAAUUUCUUUAGGGGAAAAUUUAUCAAAGAAAAGGAAAUGGCCACCUUUUUUAAAAUUAUUGACAUCACUACCAUUCAUUGCAUUAUUAUUGUUACAUUAUGGAAAUAUGUGGGGUCUAACAUUUUUAAUAACAGCAGCUCCCAAAUUUUUAAGUGAGGUUCUCAAAUUUCAAUUGGCCAAAGCAGGAUUUCUUUCAAGUUUACCACAUUUAGCGCGUUUGCUGCUAGCUUUCGGUUUUGGUGCUGUGGCAGAUCUUAUAAGAAGAAAGAGUUGGCUGCAAACAACAAAACUUAGAAAAUCAUUUUGCCUUUUUUCUCAUAUUAUACCGGGUUUAUUUCUGAUUUUGCUUGGUUUAGUGGGAAGAGAUCCGUAUGUUUGUGUGACAAUUAUUACGUUAUCAUUAGGAUUUAAUGGGGCAGCUUCUGUUACUAAUUUACAAAAUUCUCAGGAUCUCGCACCUAAUUAUGCUGGGACUCUUUAUGGUGUUAUAAAUCUUUUUGGAACAACACCUGGAUUUUUCUCACCUCUGGUCGUUGCUUCCUUUACACAUGACGAAAAUACUUUAGAACAGUGGAAAUACGUUUUCUUUGUAGGCUCAGCUGUGUAUAUUACACCCGCCUUAUUUUUCAUGAUUUUUGGAACAGCAGCAGUUCAACCAUGGAAUUUUGAUAAAAAAAAUGAUGAUAAGACAAUAGAAUUAGAAACUGGUCAAACGGUUGCUCCAGAAAAUAAACAAACUGUUCCAAAAUAGUGAUAUUGCUUUAAGUAACUAAAUUCUAAAAUAAUUUGUAAAUAUGUAAUAAAAGAAA